UCUCCUGCUUCUCCGCACGCGCCCCGUCUUAAACCCUAAUUCCCUCCUCGAAUCUCCGAAGCCACCAUGCAAUGACAGACUUUCUUCCUCAACCAACACCCGAAACCCCAAUUAUAAGCCCCAGCCCUACCUCUUGCCGUUACUCCCAUCCCUCCCACCACCAUGAGACCCCCACUCUCUCCAAGAACCCUCCUCUUCUUCACCUCUUAUUCUUCUCCACUACUUGUCAAAAUCUCUCAUUUCUCAUCCUCUUCGCAUUACGCGUCCCAUUCCAUACAUCCGGGGAGACGCCACGACGAGGAGUCCCGGAAUGUGAGAGUUUCGGUGUGGUGGGACUUCGAGAAUUGCAAUUUGCCCAGUGGUGUGAACGUCUUCAAGGUCGCCCACUCCAUAACCGCGGCGGUUCGGGCCAGUGGGAUAAAGGGGCCCGUUACCAUCACGGCGUUUGGUGACGUUUUCCAGCUCUCGAGAGCGAAGCAGGAGGCGUUGUCCUCGACUGGGAUCAAUAUCACUCACAUCCCUAACGGUGGAAAGAACAGUGCUGAUAGGUCUCUUCUUGUAGAUCUUAUGUAUUGGGUUUCUCAAAAUCCUCCACCAGCACAUCUCUUUUUAAUUUCUGGUGACAGGGACUUUGCUAGCAUUUUACACAGGUUAAGAAUGAACAACUACAAUAUAUUGCUUGCAAGUCCUGAAAGUACACCUGGUGUUCUUUGUAGUGCUGCAAGUAUCAUGUGGCAUUGGCCUUCAUUGAUUAGAGGGGAAACCCCGACUGGGAAGCAUUUUAAUCAACCCCCAGAUGGUCCCUAUGGUUCUUGGUAUGGCCACUCUAAGGUGCCUCUUGAAGAUCCCUUCUCAGUUACUGAGCAACCAGCCUCACGAGCUGAGGACUUGCCUGAACCUAGUCCUGAUUCUAAGCCUCGUCCUGUUCCAAAGAUAAUGACAAAGCUGAUUCGCUGUAUAUUGAAUAGUCAUCCUGAAGGAAUUUCCAUUACAGAACUUCGUUCCAAGUUGGGAAAUACUUUGAACAUAGACAGAGACUUUUAUGGGUAUAAAAAGUUUUCCGUCUUUCUUCUAUCAAUGCCACACAUUUUAAAGCUUCAGUCUGAACGUGAUGGUCAAUUUGUUGUACGUGGUAUCACCUCUAAAACCCCUGAACCAUUUCAGUCCAAUCCAGCUUUGUUCCCAGAACUUGCAAGUAAUAACGCAGUCCAAGACUUCUCUGCAACUUCAAAGUCAAAUGGUGAGCUAGGAUCUGUUGCUGGAGGUGUAAAUGGGAAGCCAUCAUUGUCUCCAUCCCCCGAGUUGAAUGUGAAGGGGCCUCCUAAAAAAAUUCAAGGACCUUCUGCACUUGGCAGAUCUGUUACAGGAGUGAUGGAUGAGAAGUCAGCAGUGCCUUCAUCCCCUGAAUUAAAUGUUGAGGAGGUGCAACAGCACUCUCCACAUGAGGAGAAGGGUGUUGAACAGGUGAAGAACCAUCAUUUGCCUCCAGUGGUGGAACUAGAUUCUGCAUCUGCAGUGGGUUUUUUAAAGAGAGUUUGGAGAAAAUGUUUUGGCAGAAUUGAUGGUGGUCCCAUGAAUAAAAUUCAAAGCAAUCUAGAAAAAUGUUCUACUUCUGGUGUUAUGUCUGAGAAAAAAGGUCAUGAAACUGCUGAAUAUGGUUCCACUGUUAAUGGCUCAAAAAUGGCAAAAGCUGAGGACAAAUGUGUGAACUCAACAAGCCUGGAUGCUAAACCAAUAUGUCAGGUGCCAUAUUCUUCUGCCAACAAUGGGUCGGCUAUAGACAGCAAAACUGCUACAGUUUCUGAAGCUUAUGGUAAUAACUCAAGCACAGGUCCAGGUUUCUUCAACCAGAUGGUAUAUUGGUGUAAAUUUUGGAGAAGUAACCCAAAUUCUGAUAUAUUAAAUGAUCAACCCAGAGAUAAACUGGAGCAGAACUUAUCAAAAAAUAAAGUGGAGCAGAACUUAUCAAAAAAUAAACUGGAGCAGAUAAAUAGUUGUUCUGAAAAGCAUAGCUUAUUUUCUAUGGAUUCUUUUUGGAGUGACAUGGAAUCUUUUCUGGGCACAGUCAAUGGUUCAGUUAUUGUCUCCCAGUCAAGGAACAGGGAACAGAUGGCACAAAAUCUGAGAAAGGAAGGGCCUCCAGCUCUUAGAUCUCUGAGUGAAAGUGACGUCCUCCAUUUGGUAGAUUUAUUAAUAUCAGAAAUGAAAUGGAUGGAAGAAUGCCCCUCACAGACAUCACCUUUCAAACUCACUCGGCCGGUUGGCUCUUUGGUUCAAGCUCGCGGUUCAAAUGGGUUGAGCUCUAUCUUUCUGGGCACAACAUUACCGACAGCAGAACAUGGAGAAAUAAAAUAUCAAAAUAUUCCUCAUACUGGAGUUUCUCCACCUGCUGUUCACAAGAAACCUUCAGUCAGAUCUAGAAGUGAUAUAUUAGCUGAUUGUCAGAAGCUCGUGAAUGAGAUAUUAAAGAAUUAUCCAAAUGGGUUUAAUAUGGGCUCCUUUAGAAAAACUUUCCUUGAGAGGCAUGGUUAUCCUCUUGAUUUACAGAAGCUUGGGCAUCAAAGUUUGGUAUCCCUGUUACAGAUAAUGCCUGGGGUGAAAAUAGUCUCCACUCAGAUUUUUCCCUCUAGUGAAGCCUUAAGUAGUUCAGGCCUAGAAAUUGCCCUUCCUGAUAGUCAAGAAAGUAGUGCUAGUCCUUCAGUUGCCAAUUCAGAUAGUGACUUGUCUGAUUCAACAAAGAAGAAUGAUGAUUUUGAGUCUCCAUGGGAAGAAUUAGGGCCUGUUGCUGAUACAAGUUCUACUAAAAAUGAAAUGGAAUCAGUCAGAUCUAGAAGUGAUAUAUUAGCUGAUUGUCAGAAGCUCGUGAAUGAGAUAUUAAAGAAUUAUCCAAAUGGGUUUAAUAUGGGCUCCUUCAGAAAAACUUUCCUUGAGAGGCAUGGUUAUCCUCUUGAUUUACAGAAGCUUGGGCAUCAAAGUUUGGUAUCCCUGUUACAGAUAAUGCCUGGGGUGAAAAUAGUCUCCACUCAGAUUUUUCCCUCUAGUGAAGCCUCAAGUAGUUCAGGCCUAGAAAUUGCCCUUCCUGAUAGUCAAGAAAAUAGUGCUAGUCAUUCAGAGUCCAAUUCAGAUAGUGAAUUGUCUGAUUCAACAAAGAAGAAUGAUGAUUUUGAGUCUCCAUGGGAAGAAUUCGGGCCUGUUGCUGAUUCAAGUUCUACAAAAAAUGAAAUGGAAUCAAUCAGAUCUAGAAGUGAUAUGUUAGCUGAUUGUCAGAAGCUCGUGAAUGAGAUAUUAAAGAAUUAUCCAAAUGGGUUUAAUAUGCGCUCCUUCAGAAAAACUUUCCUUGAGAGGCAUGGUUAUCCUCUUGAUUUACAGAAGCUUGGGCAUCAAAGUUUGGUAUCCCUGUUACAGAUAAUACCUGGGGUGAAAAUAGUCUCCACUCAGAUUUUUCCCUCUAGUGAAGCCUCAAGUAGUUCAGGCCUAGAAAUUGCCCUUCCUGAUAGUCAAGAAAAUAGUGCUAGUCAUUCAGUUGCUAAUUCAGAUAGUGAAUUGUCUGAUUCAACAAAGAAGAAUGAUGAUUUUGACCCUCCAUGGGAAGAAUUAGGGCCUGUUGCUGAUACAAGUUCUACACAAAAUGAAAUGGAAUCAGUGUCAAGGAAGAAAACUAUAGAACAAACAGAGAGGCAAAAAUAUCCUGAUUAUGAACCUUCCAUCUCUGAUGAUGACUUUUCUGAUUCAGAAGGGGAGACCUCUUUAUUAGCUGGAGGUGAAAAGCAUGGGAAGAGAAUGAACGAGGAAGAUAGCUCCCUAGUGCGAAUUCUAGAUUCCUGGUACAGCACUAAGGAAGGUGACAAUAGAAAGAACGAGUUAGAAAAUGUUGAUGGCAUUGUUGAUUGUUCAACAAACGGUUCAAAGCCAUCUGGUUCAUCCGCUAUUGGAACCGGCAGUGAAACUUGUACAGGAAACUCUGUACGGAGGCAAAGAGCUCAAAAGACUUUUUCAUUUGUUGCUGACCCAGUUGAGGCUAACAAGGACAAGCUGAUUGAUGGAAUAUUGGGUAGCCUGAAGAAAUCAGAUGAAUCAAGGGUGCGGGGCUGAAGGGUUCAAAAACAAGAUGUGAUGCAUCCGGGGGAUCUCAGGUUGAAUGCUGGAAAUGGGACUUCCGGGCUAGUGAGAAAGCUUUAUUAGAAACAGGUGGUAAUGAGUUAUAAUCAUGCAUCAUUCAUUUUUUGUAGAUUUUUUUUUAAAGGAAAAAAAUACUAUUGUAUUGAGGUUAGAGCCUCAGAGGUAGGAUACGAGAUCAUUGGCACUACCAAUAAUGUAUGUUUUGGCUUAAAUCCAACUGAUGGUUACGGGUGACAGUGAUAUUAGAGAAAGUAUAUUAUUACCAAGGCACAGAACAUGCUAACAUUAUAUUUAUAUUUUAUGCUGAUUAGCAAUUUGGAUUGCAUC